CUUUCUUCCCAGCCUCCAGCCAGAUGAUGUGUGUUUCUGUGGAGUGGGACUGUUAGUGAAGGAGCUCUCCGCCUGCCUGUGAACAGAACAGUAGUCAGCAGUAAUUAGCAGGUGCUGUGAGAAGCCUCUCUGUUCCUACUGGACAUCAGGAGCUGCCAGACCUCUCCAGAACCUCUCCAGAGAAGAGCUCUUGAGGGUCAACGGAGCGGGUCCAGAGAGGGGCGGGUAAACCAUGGACCUGUGUGCCUCCACUUUGGAGCUGCUGGGGAUGGUAGUGUACAUGGCAGCCUGGCUGUGUGCUCUGGCCACCACCCUGAUGCCACAGUGGCUGACCCUGUCCACAGACCUCUUGCUCACAGAGAGCUAUGAGCUGGGUCUCUGGGAGACCUGUGUGGUCCAGGACAUGGGGGGGAUGGAGUGUCGACCCUACGACAGCCUGCUGGGCCUGCCUCAGGACAUCAAGGUGGCCCGUGUCUUCAUGUGUAUCUCCCUGGCUGUGGGCCUGCUGGGCCUGCUCCUGGCUAUCCCUGGUCUUUACCUGGUCAACAGCUUCAGCCAGGGGCUGGAGGGCUGCAGGGCCAAGAGGAUCAUGAAGGUGGCAGGAGGGGUGCUGGGGAUGGUAGCUGGGGUGCUGUGUCUGGUCCCUGUUUCCUACGUCGCCCACUUGACGGUAAUGCGUUACUUUGAUGAGUCAGUGCCGGAGGUGGUGCCACGCUGGGAGUUUGGUGAUGCCCUGUUCUGCGGCUGGGUGGGGGGGUUCCUCCUGCUGGUGGCGGGAUUACUCCUGUUUGCAUCCUGUCUGGGGCCUCUGGCAGACCAUUCCAGGGGACCUCAGGCAGCCUAUUACGGAGCCCCCCAAGCAGAUCAUUCCAGGGGACCUCAGACAGACUAUUACGGAGCACCCCAGGCACAAUCGCCGAAGAGAAACGAGGUCCGGAGUACGGAUCAUUCCUCCAGGAAACCUCCAGAGUAUGUCUGAGGCGAGGGGAGAAGAGAGGAAAGGCGAUACGAGGUCCGGAGUAUGGAUCAUUCCUCCAAGAAACCUCCAGAGUAUGUCU